AUGACUUCAUCCUCGCCGAAACACCAUGCGCCCCCCUCCGAACGAGAAGAGUUUCUCCGCCUGCUGCCCUCGCUGGCGUCCCCCUCAUCCGCUGCCGCAUCGAUCAAGCCGGCGGACCCCGAGGAAGUGGAGUCGGCGUUCGAGGCCGUCGAGAAAAUCGCGAUCGGCGACGGCACGUUCGAGCUGGACUCCGCGGAUUGCGCUGGAACGCCGCCGUUCUCUUUCCGGAAGCUGUGGCUGUUCACCGGGCCUGGGUUCCUGAUGAGCAUAGCGUUUCUUGAUCCGGGGAAUUUGGAAGGGGAUCUCCAGGCGGGGGCCAUCGCCGGCUACUCGCUGCUGUGGCUGCUGAUGUGGGCCACGGCAAUGGGCCUGCUGAUCCAGCUGCUGUCGGCGAGGGUUGGGGUGGCGACGGGGCGGCACCUAGCGGAGCUCUGCCGGGAGGCGUAUCCGUACUGGGCGGGGAUAGUGCUGUGGUUCAUGGCGGAGGUGGCCCUUAUCGGGGCGGAUAUUCAGGAGGUGAUUGGGAGCGCGAUCGCCAUCCAGAUUUUGAGCCGUGGCCUGCUGCCAAUUUGGGCUGGGGUUCUCAUUACUGCUUCUGACUGCUUUAUGUUCUUACUUCUUGAGAACUAUGGGGUGAGGAAGUUGGAAGCUGUGUUUGCAGUUCUGAUUUCGACUAUGGCACUUUCAUUUGCUUGGAUGUUUGCAGAUGCUAAGCCUAGCAAGACCGAGCUUUUAAUUGGACUAUUGGUCCCGAAACUCAGCUCGAGGACAAUACGCCAGGCAGUUGGGGUUGUGGGAUGCGUGAUAAUGCCCCACAAUGUGUUCCUACACUCGGCCUUGGUACAGUCGAGGGAAAUUGACCCCAACAAUAGAGUACAAGUCCAAGAGGCCAUCAACUACUACUCGAUCGAGUCCUCGGCCGCACUCGCUAUCUCCUUUAUGAUUAACUUAUGCAUCACAGCUGUCUUUGCCAAGGGCUUUUAUGGAAGUGCAGAGGCAAACAGUAUAGGGCUCGUGAACGCGGGCGAGUAUCUCGAGGAGAAAUAUGGCGGGGGGCUUUUUCCAAUCCUCUACAUAUGGGGCAUAGGGUUAUUGGCGGCUGGGCAGAGUAGCACGAUCACUGGAACUUAUGCUGGGCAGUUCAUAAUGGGAGGUUUUCUCAAUUUACGGCUCAAGAAAUCGGUUAGGGCUUUGAUCACCCGGAGCUGUGCUAUUGUGCCGACUAUGGUGGUGGCUUUGCUUUUCAAUAAGUCCGAGUCAUCCCUGGAUGUGUUGAAUGAGUGGCUUAAUGUGCUGCAGUCGAUGCAGAUCCCUUUUGCGCUUAUUCCGCUUUUGACCCUAGUUUCAAAGGAAGAGGUGAUGGGAGUAUUUAAGAUUGCCCCCAUGCUCGAGAGGGCUGCUUGGACGGUAGCUGCACUAGUAAUGGUGAUUAAUGGAUAUCUUCUGCUCCAUUUUUUCGUCUCUGAAGUUAAUGGGCCAUUGUUCGGUUUCCUCAUCUCUGCUGGAACUGCAGCUUAUGUGGCAUUCGUGAUAUAUCUUGUUUCGCAUAGCAACAAUCGUACAUGGCAAGUUGCUGACCUCAAAUUAAAGGAGGAUCUUGCAGAGCUGGACUUGUGA